UCUGGAUGGUGGCGUGGGUCGCCGGGAUGGCCCCGAGCGCGGGGGAGGGGACGGACUUGGCGGCGCGGUGGCGGGUGGGCCACCAUCUUGCGCUAGCCCGGCGGGGGAGGCAUCUCCGAAGGUAGCUGCUUGGCGGUUUGGCCAGGCCGCCGUCUUUAGGCCCCCGGGGGCCGCGCGAGAGCCGCGGCUACCCCCUCACCUUCCGGGGCCUAUGUGUCUGUCUGUCCCAGUCUGGUUUCGGCUUUUUUUUCUGGAGGCAACUCCCUUUGGUCUUUUGUACAUACGAUGCCGAUAUUUGAGGAGACCCGCCCACCCCUAAGUCUCUUCAGUCAGGGGAAUAGAGACCAGAGAGGGUCCCGAACUUUCUGGCCUCAGGGGCCUCCUUUCUAUCCAGGUCCCCCACCCAGGUUACUGGCCAUUCAAUGCUCACACCCUUGUUCUUGCCAAAGGGACUUCGCUCCUCCGUCAUAGAAGCCGUGCUCCAUUCCGUUAUUGUUUAGAGAAGAGCCCUGAGGAGAAAUGUGGAGUUAAGAGACACAAUUUUUUGACAUUGAUCUUUGCGGGUUUUACUUAACGAGACGGAAAAAAAUAUCUCAUUCUGAGGUUUUAUCCUUCUCUAGACACCGGGGGAGUUCCUCUUGACUUAUCUAAAGUUUUAAUGCUUUUUUGAAAGGAGAAAUGAGAGAAGAAAAUGUCAAGUGAACUAGCUUCUGCAAGCACAGGAGAUCUUCAUAGAAGGAGUUCUCUUUGUUUGGAAAGAUUUUUUAGUUUUUUUUAAAAAAAAUCUGUGAACUUAAAAUUUGCCUUUAUUAUUUUCAGGUUUAAACUGUGAUUUCUAAUGUCUUCUGGUGCCAUUAAACAUAAGAUUAAAACCAAGAAGUAGAGUUUUAAACUACAAAACUCUCGUCUUAGCAUUUGUGAUGUAUCCUGCUUUGGGGGGGCGGCGGGGGGGGGCGGGGCGCUGCUACAGUGAAAACUCAAACUGUCUCCAUAAGCAGAAACUUUACUGAGCUUAUGAAGACAUUAAUUUGCUUAUAAAAAUUAAGGCUAUGUGCCCUAGAUGUUUUAACGUUGGUGCAAAUCCCACUGCAGUUGUUAUCUUUUAUUUUGUAUAUUUCAUUGCUAUCUACCUGUUUUAAGGUGGGCGGUGGAGUGUUGACAGAACUGUUUAGAAGGGUAGAAAACUAAAACCUAACUUGCUACCUUGUCUGGAGUCACAUGGUGACUCUGCAACUUGAUGGACGACGACAACCCUUUUCAACCAAAAAGUAAUUCCAAAAUGGCAGAACUGUUCAUGGAAUGUGAAGAAGAAGAGCUGGAACCAUGGCAGAAAAAAGUAGAAGAAAUUCAGGAUGAAGAUGAUGAUGAACUGAUCUUUGUUGGAGAGAUAUCAAGUUCAAAACCAGCCAUUUCAAAUAUUUUAAACAGAGGUAACCCCAGCUCAUCUUCAAAGGGAAUAAAGAAUGAGACAGUCAGUCCAGGUGUUACUGAUGCGUUCAAGCCCACAAGUCAACACUACAAAGACCCAACAGCAUAUCCAGUGGUUGCCUUGCCUAGAUUUCGUCCUGAAUCUAAAUCUUCACAAAGCUCUGAUAUUGUUCAGAACGUGUCUAAACCUGAUUUUACAAAGAAUUCAUCACAGGAUGAAUCGGAUGAUUCUUCAGAUUUACUGUUUGAUUUGACCCAGGAUACAAUACCACUGUCCCAAGAUGGAUCAACAGUUUAUGUAGAAGGUCUAGGUGAAACUCUGCCUAUAAAAAAACGUUCUACUGCUUCUAAAGUAAAAAGUGUUAAUCCAAAAAAGCCAAAGACCGGCGAAAGUGUUUCUGAAAUAAAUCCUUGUUCUUCAUUGUCUUUAAUUAACUCUCCUUCAGUGGCAUCCUCCCAUGUUAUGAUAUCAAAAGGUACCAAUACCUCACCAAUUUCUCAUAAAACUGGAAUGCCUUUUCUGAGAUCCUGUCCAAAGUGCAAUGUUCAGUUCAAUCUUUUGGAUCCUUUGAAGUAUCACAUGAAGCGUUGUUGUCCAGACAUGGUAAAUACAUUUUUGGACAUGAUUAAAGUAGAACUUUCAAGUCAUGAAAAUAGAAACAAGACUGGUGCAGAGAAAGGGAAAUUGAUUAUGUUAGUCAGUGACUUUUACUAUGGAAGACAUGAAGGAGCUGUUGAUGAUGAACAGAAGACUUACACAACCUUUAAAUGCUUCAGCUGCUUGAAAGUCCUUAAAAAUAAUAUUAGGUUCAUGAACCACAUGAAGCACCAUUUGGAACUUGAGAAGCAGAACAGUGAGAGCUGGGAAAGCCACACCACCUGCCAGCACUGCUACCGUCAGUAUCCCACACCGUUCCAGCUGCAGUGCCACAUUGAGAGUACACACACCCCCCAUGAGUUUUCUACUAUUUGUAAAAUCUGUGAGCUAUCAUUUGAAACAGAGCAUACUCUUUUACAACACAUGAAGGACACUCAUAAACCCGGAGAAAUGCCAUAUAUUUGCCAGGUUUGCCAGUUUAGAUCAUCCAUAUUUUCUGAUGUAGAAGCUCACUUCAGAGCAUCCCAUGAAAAUACUAAGAACUUGCUAUGUCCAUUUUGCCUCAAAGUUAGUAAAAUGGCAACCCCCUACAUGAAUCAUUACAUGAAGCAUCAGAAAAAAGGGGUUCAUCGUUGUACAAAAUGCAGACUACAGUUUUUGACCUGCAAAGAGAAACUGGAUCAUAAGACCCAGCAUCGGACAUUUAUAAAGCCUAAAGAGUUAGAAGGAUUGCCUCCUGGUACAAAAGUUACUAUUCGAGCUUCAAUUGGACCUCUUCAUUCAAGGCCAUCAACUACAUCUCCCAGGAGUACUCCAAGCACUUCUUUUCUUCAGGUCUCACCUCCAAAGUCCAAAAGUACAACUGCUAAAAGUCCUACAAAAUCUAAUGCAAGUAAAUCUAAGACAGGAAAGCUUUGUGCAACUACAUCCACUGCGAAUAAGGCUAAUCCAAGUAAGCAAGGUAGAGCUAUACCUAAAUACAAAGCAAAAACCUCUUACAAGCAAAAGAAACAGCGCAACAGAAAGAAUAAAAUCAGCAUAGCUUUGAAGAAUUUAAGGUGUCGUCGGGGAGUUCACAAGUGCAUUGAGUGUCAUUCCAAAAUAAAAGAUUUUGCAAGCCACUUUUCAAUAUAUAUCCACUGUAAUUUUUGCAAAUACAACACUAACUGUAACAAAGCCUUUAUAAAUCAUAUGGUGAGCUCUCAUAGCAACCAUCCAACUAAACGGUUUUAUAUUUUUAAGAAGCAUUCUGGAACUCUCAGGGGCAUUACUCUAGUGUGCCUUAAAUGUGAUUUCCUAACUGAUUCUUCUGGUUUGGAUCGUAUGGCUAAACACUUAAGUCAACGUAAAACUCAUACUUGCCAAGUGAUAAUAGAGAAAGUUCCCGAAAGUACCUCUACUUCUGAACCCACUUCUGACCGCUUGUUGAAAUAGAUUCCUGCUCUAUGGAGCUCGUGCAACCUGGUGCAAGACAAGUUGGAAUUUCCUAAGUUCAAAGUUCUGAAGUGUUUUCUUACACAAAAGCAGUUUCCUAAGUUCUCAAAGUUCUGAAGUGUUUUCUCACACGAAGGCGAUUAAAGAGCCGAGUUCAUGACACUAGCUCUCAUUAUGCAGCUCUUUUCAGCUUUCAGAUGGCACUAGAUUCGUAUUCCACCUUAUCUUUGUGUCAGGUUAACAUACCUUAACACAUGCUUUUUUUCUCCAGUUGGCUUUCUUCAAAAAUGACUUUUGUUGCUAUGGUCUUCUCUUGCUUUGCUUAAAAUAAUCUGUGUUUUUCUCUGAUAUCCUUGCCUUCAGAAUAUUGCAUUCCAAACGAUGUGACUGUUCAUCUUUUUUGUCUGUUCUGUCUGGUCUCUUAGUUAAUUUCUUAUAAGUCUGACAUUUUUAGGUCAGAUAGCUGUCUUUUUCCUCAUUCCUCGUCUGUCAUUGUUCUAUUUUUCAUAUUUUUCAGAUGCAGAAGCAACACAGAAAUUUCAAAAAAUGUCCAGGGUACCCCUGGUCAGUGUCCCCCUUCGAUGGACACAACUGAUGCCUGUUCUCUCUUUCCAAGGAAUGUGAAUUAUUUGACUGUGAGACCUCCUGUAGGUUGUGGCCUUAAGAAAUCAGAUCUUGGGGAGAGUCCCUUCCUUCAUGACUGGCCUCCCAUAAGACUGAUACUAAUUUGGCCAGAGAUGACCUCAAGGCCCACCAAAUUGAGCACAACUUCCCACUGGGGGCUUUGGUUCUUGAUCUUAAGCUUAUGGGUCUAUUCUAACCAAGAAAAGCCCAUCAAAUCAAUGCUUCAACAUCCAAGUUGAAGUUUAAUCAUUUUGGCUGCUGCCCUUUAAUCUUCCUCUAGCAUGCAUGCAGUCCAAGGAAUAUAAAAACUGGUUGCAUAGGGAACCAAGGUUACUUUCAUAUUCUUGGAACACAAGUUUUUGAAAUUGCAGUUCCAAAAUUAUAGUUAUUUUUACUGUCAUUUAAAGUUUUAUCCAGUAUUAAAUCCUAGGAAUUUUCAGCAAUACUAAUAUUCAAUUUUUUUUAUUUUUUUAAAACCUAAUUUAAUUUUGUUAUUUUGGUUUUAUGUUGUCUUCACCAAAUUUAUUAAUGUCUGUUUUGUUAUGUCCUCUUUUGUUUCUUUUUAAAACUUGUUUUGUGUUUGUUUUGUUUUGUUAAUAACUCCAAAAAAUUCCUUGAAAUUCUCUAGAGUUCAUGUAGCUACCUAUUGGUAGCUUCCUAAUUUGGUAAUUGUUCAGACCAUUAGACAUUAUUACAUCCUCUGUCUAUCUUGGGACUAUCAUUGACAUUAUCUUAGUGAUUGUGAGUUCAGACACAUAAAGAAUUGGCAAAAAACACUUCCUACAGACCUUAAAACAAGUUUUAAAGUUACAUUUCUGUACAUCUAAUACAUAAUAUCUUCUUAGCCAUUAAUGUAAUUCCUUUGGAUAAAGAUAAUAUAUUCAGAGAAUAUUGGGACCAAAAAAUGCACUUGUUUCUUGCCCAUAUAUAUAUAGAUGUAUAUUUUUUUUAAUUUGGUGUUUGUUUAUUUUGGUUACAUUGAAUAUAGAUUUGCUGAACAGUUUUGAUGUUAUUAUUUUUUUAAUAAAAUUUGUAUUGUGAAA